CUGAAAAAUGGCGGCAAAAAAAACAAGGGGAGCAAUAACAUUGAAAGGAAGCACAGACACUGUCACAGAGAAAAAAAGCUUUGGCAUCAAUAGUAUUCAAAAAAAGCGUGGAGUAUACCCUCCAGAAAACUUCAAGCGAGUUGAACAGUAUGGAAAAAAACUAUUUGUGUCUGAUGAACCACUUCUUAAAGAUUACUUGUCAAAAGUGCUAAAGCAAAUUCAUGAUUGGCUGAAAAAAAAAAAAAUCCAGAGAAUAGUGCUUGUCAUCACCAAUGUUGAUUCUGGAGAAGUAGAAGAAAGGUGGCAGUUUGACAUUCAAUGUGAUAAAUCAUCCUCAUCACAUAAAAAAAAAAGAGAAAAAUCUCUCAAAGAAAUUAAAAGAGAAAUAAGAGAUGUAAUAAAAAAAAUCACAGCAAGUGUAACCUUUCUCCCACUUCUAGAAGGUCCAUGUGCAUUUGACCUUUUGGUUUACACUGAUAAAGACAAAAAAAUCCCUGAAAUGUGGGAAGAAUCUGGGCCUCGUAUUAUAAGCAACUCAGAAGAAGUUCGUUUGCGUUCAUUUACAACAACAAUCCAUAAAGUUGACACAAUGGUAUCAUAUAAAAGUGGUGACUGAGCAAAAAGAUCUGUAAAGAUACAGUGUGUAAACUGACAAUAUUGUAUAUUAUUAUUGUUUACAAAUAAUACAUGAAGGCAUUGGCUGUAGACUUUUGUGAAGCAGAAAUAUUCCUUGCAAGAACGGCAAUAGAUAUAUGUAUGAAAAAAAAAUUAAUGCAAAUUUCAUUGUAAUAUCAUUAACACAUUUUCUUACAUUAAAAAAAAUACUAUGUAAGUACAAGUAUUUUUUCCAGCAUCAGUUCUUUGUUUGGAAUAAUAAAAAUAGAAGUUAUU